AAAGAACUGAGUGGUGGGCUAGUUGGUAUGGCAUUAUUUACACAGUACUGCAGAAACACACAGACGGCUAAAGAAACAGACGGGACGCAGUGCAAACACAAGCCGAUUUCAUGUGUGUGAGCCAAAACACCCAUUUUCUAGGCUCCUGCUUUUUGCUGCUUUACCUCGCACGAAGCCAGCUACGAGUGACUACAGUGAAUGUUGUAAACUAAAGGGCGUUUAACUGCCAAGUUGAUAUAGUAAAACUCUCGGGUAUCUUUCAGCUGCAUAAUCGAUAGCUGCUGCUUUUGAAAAAAAAAAUUCGCGACGAGAACACUCACUAAUGUAUAUGCCCAUUUCAGCGGCUGUUCUGUCCACUUAUGCUACCCAAAAGCAAGCAAGUCUGAUGAUACCAGAGACCAGCAUCCCAGAUGCAGUGCUGCGUACCAGUUCGGCUGCCAAUAAGCAAAUACCAGCAAGUGAUGGAGGGUGCAUGGAGGCUGGACCAUCAUGCAUUCCAACUGGGGGUGGUGGUACAGAUGUAAUCCUGCAAAGAAGUUUGUCAUGCAUUACACCAGCACCAAAUAACGGGAAGGCGCAAGCUCAGGCGAGACUAUCGGGCAUCAGGAAAGGAGGUGGUGCUGCUGAAUGGACCGAGGGACAGAAAAAGCUGCUGCUAGAGUACUACUAUAAGUACUUCCCACAGAUUGGCCCGUUCAAGAAAUUUAAAAACAAGAAACAGGCUUUCAAGCAAAUCUCCAUGGAUGUUGAAGCUAUACUUGGCAUCAAGAAAACACCAGAACAAUGUGAGAACCGCUACAAGACUGUGAUCAGACGUCGCAAGGCUGCCUCAGACAACAACAACAGAUCUGGAGCAUCACCGAGCCCUGUGCCAUUCGACGACGAGAUUCGCAAAAUAGAAACCAUUGACGACAGCAUUGAACCAGAAGUGCAAAGAGAUGCCUCAGGGGUUAUUUUCAAGGACUCGCCGGAAUCUCCAAGCCUUGUCUCACCAAAUGCAGAGAGCAUUGAGAAAAGUGAAAGCCAGUCGCCAAAUGCUGAUGUAAAACCGCGUUCAAGCACUGUACGCCUGCAACACAUGCAAUUGUUUUUUUCUGAAAUGAAGGCAAUAAAUGAAGAGCGGGAGUGUCGGAAAGCUGCCAGAGAUGCCGAGAAAGAAAACCGCAGAGCUCAACGGCAAGUAGAGCGACAGGCACUUCUUGACGAAAGGCGCAAAAUGCACAAUGAGAAAAUGGAAAUUUUGCGUCAAGCCUUCGGUCUUCAGAAAUAA